GUCGUUCUCAGAGGAAGAGCAGGAAGUGGCCCUGAGUGCGGAGUUCCGCUGAGGCGGGGGCCGCCGCCAUGGUUUGAGUGGCGGCGGGGCUGAAGGGGGCAUUGGUCAGGCCGCAGGACCUACGGAAGAAGGGCCUCCGCCUGUUCUCCAGUUCGAGGAAGCAUACUAGAAUACAGUCAUAACAAUGGAGUCCAUGCUAAAUAAAUUGAAGAGCACUGUUACCAAAGUGACUGCAGAUGUCACUAGUGCAGUCAUGGGAAAUCCAGUCACCCGGGAAUUUGAUGUUGGCCGGCAUAUUGCUAGCGGUGGCAACGGGCUUGCUUGGAAAAUUUUUAAUGGCACUAAAAAAUCAACAAAACAGGAAGUGGCAGUUUUUGUUUUUGAUAAAAAGCUCAUAGACAAGUAUCAGAAAUUUGAAAAGGAUCAAAUUAUUGAUUCCUUAAAAAGAGGGGUCCAACAGCUAACAAGGCUUCGGCAUCCCCGACUGCUAACUGUACAGCAUCCAUUAGAAGAAUCCCGGGAUUGUUUGGCAUUUUGUACAGAACCAGUUUGUGCAAGUUUAUCCAAUGUUCUUGGCAACUGGGACAAUCUUCCCUCACCUUUACCAUCAGACAUCAAAGAAUAUAAGCUCUAUGAUGUGGAAACCAAAUAUGGUUUGCUUCAGGUUUCUGAAGGCUUGUCGUUUCUACAUAGCAGUGUGAAAAUGAUCCAUGGUAACCUCACUCCUGAGAAUAUCAUUUUAAAUAAAAGUGGAGCAUGGAAAAUUAUGGGAUUUGAUUUCUGUAUUCAAUCCAUAAAUCCAUCUGAGCAAGAGCCGAAAUUCUCUUGUAAAGAAUGGGACCCAAACCUACCAUCUUUGUGUCUUCCAAAUCCUGAAUAUUUGGCACCUGAAUACAUUCUUUCAGUGAGCUGUGAGACCGCUAGUGACAUGUACUCUUUAGGAGCAAUUAUGUAUGCUGUGUUUAAUAAUGGAAAACCUAUUUUUGAGGUCAACAAGCAAGAUAUGUACAAAAGUUUCAGUAGACAGCUUGAUCAGCUUAGUCGUUUGGGCUCCAGCAAUCUUCAAAACAUCCCAGAAGAAGUUCGUGAGCAUGUAAAGUUACUGUUAAAUGUAGCUCCUGCAGUCAGACCAGAUGCAGACCAAAUGACAAAAAUACCAUUUUUUGAUGAUGUUGGGGCUAUGACACUACAGUACUUUGAUUCCUUAUUCCAAAGGGAUAAUCUUCAAAAGUCACAAUUCUUUAAGGGGCUGCCAAAAGUUUUACCCAAACUACCCAAGCGUGUUAUAGUGCAGAGGAUUUUGCCUUGCUUGACAUCUGAAUUUGUAAACCCAGACAUGGUCCCUUUUGUAUUGCCUAAUGUUCUGCUCAUUGCGGAGGAGUGUACCAAAGAGGAAUACAUCAAACUAAUUCUACCUGAUCUCAGCCCUGUAUUUAAACAACAAGAACCAAUCCAGGCUAGCAACAUGAUUCUGUUGAUAUUUCUUCAAAAAAUGGAUUUGCUACUCACCAAAACACCUCCAGAUGAAAUAAAGAACAGUGUUCUGCCGAUGGUUUAUAGAGCCUUAGAAGCACCUUCAAUUCAGAUACAGGAACUCUGCUUAAACAUAAUUCCUACAUUUGCCAACCUCAUAGAUUAUCCAUCAAUGAAAAAUUCUUUGAUACCAAGAAUUAAAAAUGCAUGUUUACAAACAUCAUCUCUUGCUGUUCGUGUAAAUUCCUUAGUCUGCUUGGGAAAGAUUUUGGAAUACUUGGAUAAGUGGUUCGUGCUUGAUGAUAUUCUGCCUUUUUUGCAACAAAUUCCUUCCAAAGAGCCUGCAGUCCUUAUGGGAAUUUUAGGUAUCUACAAAUGUACCUUUAGUCAUAAAAAACUGGGAAUUACAAAAGAACAACUAGCAGGAAAGGUGCUGCCCCAUCUGAUUCCUCUUAGCAUUGAGAACAAUCUUAAUUUGAACCAGUUUAAUUCCUUCAUUUCAGUCAUUAAAGAGAUGUUGAACAGAUUGGAAGCUGAACAUAAGACCAAACUUGAACAAAUCCAUAUCAUGCAAGAACAACAAAAAUCUUUGGAUAUAAAUCAAAUGAAUAUGCCUGAAGAAAAAAAAGGUAGCAACACAGGCAAUCAGAUUGACAGGGUGUUUACCAAUCUAGGAACAGAUAUUUUGACUGGUGGGUCUGACUGUAAAGAGAAUGGACUGCUGACAAAUCAAAGAAAAGGAUCACUUACACUUGAAGAGAAGCAAAAGUUAGCAAAAGAACAAGAACAAGCACAGAAACUGAAAAGCCAACAGCCACUUAAACCUCAGCCUCAUGCAAUUACAGCUCCAGUCAAACAGACAAAGGACUUGACUGAUACUUUGAGAGAGAACAUGGUAUCAUUGACCAAUCAGUCAAUCAACAAACCUAAAGUUUCUUCUUCAAGUAGUUUUUCUUCAGUGGGCAUUGGAAUGGGAUUUUCAUCACCUGUUGAAAGUGCUAAGAGAAAUGGACUAAAUGCUAAUAUAGGAUUUCAGCCCUCUGGAUUUGGCAUGGCAGUUGGCACUACAAGCCAGAAUUUCUUCAGUAACACUGGCAUUGCUGGAAUGGCCAACAUGAACAUGUUGCCAGCCGCAAAUGUAACACCUUAUUCUCCAGUGAACACUACAGCUACAGUUUCACAACCAGUACAGCAAAGUAGGCCUCCUGAUAUGUCUGCUUUAGAUAGCCUGUUUGGGCCUCAAAAACCCAAAAUUAGUAUGAAUCAAUUGUCUCAACAAAAAACAAACCAGUGGAUUAACCAGUUUGUACCUCCCCAAGGUACCAACAGUCCUACUUUGGGAACACAGAUGAAUGUAAUGGGACAAUCUGGCUUUGGUUUACAGGGGAAUCCUUUCUUUAAUCCUCAAAACUUUACACAGCCAGCAAACAGCAUGACAACCAGCAGCUCAGCUAGCAAUGACUUAAAAGACCUCUUUGGGUAAUAGUUGUAACUGUGAGCAGGCUGAUUUAAUAUAUAUUUAUAUAUGAUAAAAAGCUGAUUUGAGGAAAACUCAUCUAGCAAACUGGACAAGAAAAGGGCAGUUUCCAGGAUGGCUUAGUCAUACACUUUAUUUUCCUACGCAUUUAAAUUUCGUAGGCACCAAGUGGUCCCUUUCCUCUAACUUCACUGUUUCUAAGGUCAGAUCAGUGAAAGUACUCAGAAAAAUUAGAGACUGCAUACGUUGCAACUUCAGGAAUUUGUUUUCUGAAUACUGUGUGCUGUUACAAAUAAACAUCUUGCAAAUAAAAAUAGAUAGGUUGUAAUUGCCAGAAAGCUAUUGGUUUCAUCAAAUGCACAAUAUGUGCUGAAUCCUGGUUUCUUGUUUAUUUUGUACUGUCUGAAUUUGGUAUAACAUUGAGUUACAAAUACCUCUUGGUAUAGAAUGAUUUAUAGUUGGGUGCAUGUAUUAGUAGGGAGAUAUAUGUAAACACGAGACAAAAGAUUUAAUGCUAAUAUUGUUUAUUUCCCUCAGUACAGAGUAAGGUAUAUUUGAAAGGGAGUUACAUUCUUCAGCAAAAUGAAUUCCUUGUCACUUAAAAUGCUGUUAAGGUGACCAUGGAGUGAAACAGAUGGGCGGAAGGGGCAGCUUGAAGCCACCUUUUUCAACGACGGAUCGGGGCCACAAUCCCUAUCUACCUUGAAGCCACCUGAAAAAGGAGUGGCAAAGAUCCACUCCUUUUCGGGGCAGUAAAAAGCCACCUUUUCCUGUCCUGCUGCGACCCCAUGGCAGCUUCAGGAAGCUCCAGCAGCAUGUAAACACUGCGGCACCAGAAUGUCAUGAAGCUGCAACACAUCUGGGCAGCCGGGCGGCUUCAAGACAUCUCAGGGGCGUGUGGCAUCUAAACGCCCCCAAGCUGCCAGGAAGCCAGCUUUUAGAGCUGGUCUGUUCCGGCUCCAUGUUGCAUAAGUUACUACUGAUAAUGACAAAAUACCUGGUCCUACAAAAGUCACCACAUUGCUGGCACAGUGAUCUUAAUGACCUGGUUAAACAUGUGGAAUUGCUUAAUCAUACUUAGAUUUACAGUUGACAUAUAGUCAUCAAAAAUAUUACAAGUACAAAUUAAUGAAAAGAUGUUUUUUCCAGACUAUCCCAGAAGCAAAGUUUGAUAAUCUCAAAUUUACCAUCAUAUGGAAGUCGAGGCUUAAUAGUAUGAAAAUUGGCAAUAAAAGUUUCUGCUAACUUCUAAGACAAAAAUGAGUGUUUGACAUCCCUACAGUUUAUCCUUGUUAUGGAUUUGUUUGAUAUAUGCUAAUGCCUUUCUUUAAAUUAAAUGAAUAAAUCACAAUCUUCUGGGGGAGAUUGCUUAAUUUUAGGCCAAACUAGUGCUAUUUGAAAGAUCAUUUAAUUGUUUGGAAUGAGCAACAUUUUGCAUAUUCUGCUGAAGUACUGCUCCAAAUAUAAAAAGGUUUCCCUAAGUAAGACGUAGUAGUGUGGCCUGAUUAACAGGAGUGGGAUGUUAGGCUAAACUUUCCCUCUCCCUUUCCCUGUUACUAUUUCUACUGGGGUUUAACUAUUUCUUCCCUAGGAUUUUUGGGACCUUUCUUACAUAAUACUUUGACUAUAUGUGGCUAUCCUGAGAAGGAAAGACUUGGCUACCUUUUUUACAAAAUACCUACAUACAUUAUUUUUCAAAGCCUUUCACUGAUUAAAUUGUUUUCAUUUGCUGCUUAAGUAACCAAAGGGCCUUAUGCUGUAAAUGUCAGCUGUAGUUUGUUAAAUUAUAUUUCCAGUUUUAAGCAGUGAUAAUGUUCAAUGUGUCUUAAGAACUUUAUAUUAUAGCUGCUGCCUUAGUAUUUUUAUUUUAUAUUUUUGGGACCAGUGAUAAAAUUGUGUUUUUUAAAAGAAAAAAAACACUUGUGUUAUUUAUGUACCAUUGAUACUCUCACUGAAGUAUGCGUAAUUAGCUACAUAAUUGUGUGUAAAAUUGUGCCGAUUAAAUGUGUUAGGUGUACUUCUAGUUUCUCGUAUGGUCUCCAGGUCUCUAAAAACUUCAAAUUUUACAUUGGUAGCUCAUAAACAUUUUUCUGAUAUUAAGCUAAAAAAAAAUUAGACAUGAAGUACUGAAGACAGAACAUGCCUGUGCUAUGUGGAAAGCAAGCUUCGACAAAAACAAAAAAUCAACAAUGUGAAUGAUUUCUGGUAAAACUGAACUGCCACACAUAGGGGUUACCUUGAACCAAGAUAACUAUAAAAGUUCCAGCAUCCUUAUUGAUGGUGUGUAGCCUUUCACCUAUCAGAGAGAUAGGCCUAAUUCUACCAUGGUGCUUUAGUUGCAGUCGAGCAGAACUUCCUUCCCUUUUGCAGCCCUUGGACAGCCCAAAAAUCUAGUUCCAGAGGAUUUUCUAGCACUCUAGUACAAGUUUUAAGGUGUGCAGAUAUUGUAGUAUAAAUGAAAACUCACCAUAUUCCUGCUUCUGCUGGAUUCCACUGCUCUUACAACACUGAAUCAUUGCCAUUGAGGGGGUUAUUUAGAUUUCUUUAUGCUAGUCAAUGCCACUCUGCACUUAUUUCUUUGGAGACUUGGCCAUACCAAUCUUUGAUCCAAACUGCGGCAAUGAUAGUCCUGUCAGUUUUUUUAAAAUAAUAGUAGCAUGUUGAUUUCCUCUAUGGCUGUAAGCCAAAAAUAAUCUAAAUGGUAAAAACUUCAUGUCUGGCCAACAUAAACAUUUUAAAAGCAUAUUUGUGUUAAUCUUUCAUUGCUUAUAACAGCACAUUUGCUAAUUUGAAAGAUGCAAGAAAUGAAGAAGAAAUUGUAUGAACUUUCACAUGUAAAUUUAUCUGUCCAUUAGAUUUCAUAUGAAUCUUUUAUUCCUCUUCAGUCAUUUAAAAUUGAAAUUCUUUGUUGUGUAUACUUGUCAGGUAAAAGCGGACCACUUCACUUAUCUGCUGAUAGAUAUUCACCCUCCAUAGCUUCCCUUGGGUUGCCAAAUCUUCAGAGAGAGGUUGUGCAUAUAAUUGAAAUUGGAUUCCUAAUAGAGUAUGAAAAUCUCUCUGACCUAUGAAUGCAUACAGCUGCUUUUAUAGCAGAUUACUUUUUUCUUUAGAGUGGAACCAAGGAGCUGCUAUUGGCUUAGUACGGUCUUAGUUAAUAUUGAUGACAUCAGCACUGCCACAUUUUUAUUGUAAGUGGAAACUUACACUCAUCUCAGCACCUGUAGGAUUCUUUAACAGCUGCCACUAGCAUGAGUGAUGACUGAAAAGGCAUUUAAGGUGAAGAAAGGCUCAAUGCUUGAUGACAGAUUUUCUGUACACUGUAAAAUGUUGUACACUUUAUGAAUUCUAUCUUGAUGUAUGAUUUUAAUUCGUGCAAGUAAGAUCUUGCCCAGUUUCAGCUUGUCAAAUUCUUUGAAAUAUAAAGAUUCUGAAAUGGAUGCAAAAGAUGUUUUUUUUAAAAAGUGCUUCCAUAUUUGCAUUUUAUAUGUGCCAAAUCCUAUUCAUAUAGCAUGAGCUAAAAUCUUAGUGAUUUAAAUGGGCCAUUAAAUACAUCAGUAGCUUCCUUUCAGAUGAUAGAGUUCCCCAAAGGGAAUUGAAAACAACAUCAUUCAAAGGAAGAAUAUGUUUGUGGUCAUUUUCAAGGUUUCCCCCACUAAAGUGUGUAAAAAUCUUUGUGGCUAUUUCUAGAUUAUAAAUAGGAUGUGUACAGUGUGCCCUUACUUUACGCGGGGGGAUCCGUUCUGGACUCCCCCACUUAAAGCAAAUCCCACCUAUGAAUGGUUUGCCCCAUUCUUCCCUAUGGGACAUACCGCCCCUUCUCCCCGCACAGCUUUCAGCGUAUGUGGACGCACUGUACAACCUAAAACAAAACAUAGGGAGAGAGAUAUCCUGAAAUCUGUCAGUUGGAUGGAAAGCAAUAAUGGUUCAUGAAAGUUUAACUUGUGAAAAACCACACAUCAGUAAAAUUUCAUCAUGCUAGUAUUUCAGUAGUAUUGCAAUCCGAUCAUUUCCCCCCAAUUAUGUGGAGUAUAUUGUCUUAUCGUAAGACAAAACUAGUUAGCCAUGUCAUUUGUAUAUUAGUAAAUGGUAAUUAUAUUGACUAUUCCAUUGACUCAGUUCAUGACAACUGACAGCUUUCCAUAGUUGUGGUUCACAUAGAAAUUAUUAUUUGUACCUUUGCAAGACAUAGCUGUCACACUUACUUAACCAGAGUAGAUAUUUUCCUUAUUUAGAUGAGUUUGUGCAAUUGAAGGUGUUUUUUUUUAAAAAAAUCCAGUGUUCAAAAUCACACAAAUAGCACUUGUGUACUUACUUCCCACAAAUAUGUCCCAUGACACUCAGUAGGAUUUACUUCUGAGUGUAUGUAUAAGAUUGCCCUGUUAUUCUAAGCUACCUAAGCCUGUCUUUUCUUGGCAAUGUAAAAUAUACUGAUUUUUCCAUUAUAUGAUUGGGACUUCAUUACCCUCUACUGAGAUGCAUUAGAUUAGUGAUGGGAAAUGAAAUUGACUAUCAAUCUAGGAUUAUCUGAAGAGUUUUCUGACUCCUGGGUUUUAAUUUGAGGUUUGAAAACAAUUCAGUUGUUUGUAUAGAAAUGUGUAAAAAUUGAGGUUAUUCUUGAAGUGAUUAAAUGCAGAAAAUUGUAUACAUUGUAUAUAUAUUUCCCAAGUUGGAAGUUGUAUAUCAAAAUGACUUUAUAUGUGUUCAACUCAGGCUUGAUUCAAAAUAUUUAAUGACUCUCUACUCAGUAGUGGCAAUUUUUAUGUUUAGACAUUCAAAUUCUUGUGUGUAAAGUGGUGAUAAUAUUACACUAGUAUUGCUGUGGUUUGUGAUCAGCAGAACGGUUGGAGCAUGAAAUUCUAUUUUGGGUUAUUGGAUUUUGCUGCUCUUCAAAACAAAUUAUUCUUUAUAUCAACUUUUCAAAUUAGUAAUACUUAAAAUACAUAUACUGUACAGUGCUGAUUACAAGAAAUUCCUAUCACUUUGUACUGUGAAUGAAUUACUGUAGUUUUGAAAUCCUGAAUGAUGUCCCUUUAUUGAAAUAAAGAUCUUUUUCAUAUUUUCA